AUGCAUAGUGAACAAAGGUGGGAAGAGCCUGCUGGUCAAGUCCCAAGGACCUCUGUGUUUAGCCGAUUGAACAAUGGUCAAUUGAGCUUCGGCGGUGCAAAUCAAAAGCGUGUGAUUACUUCCAGGACUUUGACUCCACAAGAAUUGGGAAAAGCACCAAUACAACAAGUUUAUGUGCCUAAGAAGGUUGAGGCUCCUAUCAUUCCCCCACCAAGAGCUAGGCCUCAAUCGAUUAUCACAAUCGGCUCCAUGGAAGCUCCUGUCACUAAUCAUGAUGGGCCAAUUGCAAUUGAAGAAAUUUUAGCAUCCAAGCAAGAUGAAGCUCCUAAAGAAGUUGCUAGAGUUGAAGAGAAGAAAGGCGAUGAACGAGAUUCCUAG